AUUGUUGAGGGUUUGUUGUGAAAUAUUCCUCGUGCUCCCCCCAGUGAAUGAAUGGUGGUCCAGUCCGGUUGUCGGAUGAAGGACAUGGCGACGGUUACGUUCGGUUGCUCGUAUCCAAGCUCUGUGCUCUCGGAUUGAUUGUUCAACCAAGAGAAUUUAUCAUAUAAUUGGAAAAUGGAAAGUGAGUACGUGGAGUUGUUGCCCCGUGUUUUCUCACUAUUAGGAGAUGCCAGGCAAACGGUUGUUGAUGAUACCUGUUUGGAGAAGCUGCUAGAUUGUUUCCGGGCAAUAACAGAAAAUGAAACAGAGUUCUAUAUUCUACAGAGAAUACCAUGUCUGACAAACGUAAUUGUAAACGUAUCCAAGCAAAGGGACAUUAACCCUAGCAUCCUCUCUUUCAUUAUGAGGCUGACUGGACUAUUUGCUGCAUCCGAGAACUAUUUUAUUCAGUUAGAGGAUAAUGGAAUUAUGAGCAGCCUAUUUGGGAAUCCGACAAACCUUGGAACAGAAGCGUGGGAGGAAGCAACUGUACGAAGUGGAUGGCUCUUAGGAAUCCAAAAUAUGUUGCAGCAUGAGGCUGUAAUUCGGUUUCUCUAUAAAUAUGGAUGUAUCGAUGAGAUAAUACAGCUUCAGAAGGAUCCCAGUAUAUUUGUGGCCUCAACAGCUAGUCAACUUUUAGCAAGCAUUUUGUCUUUCUCUUUACAAUGUUCCACACAUGCUACUCUGGGAAAUAGUAGCAAAACCCAGUUAACUAACAAAGUUACAGUUUUGCAUUCUGAUGAUUGGUCAGAUUGUAUCUGUGCAAUUACUGGUCACAUUGAAGAUUUCCUGAGGUCAGAUAUCACUUCCAAUGUCCAACUGGCUCUAAAACUACUAUCCAAGGUGUCAGGAACCAUGUAUCCGGUAGCCAUAAUACUUUUGUGGCCUAAGAUAGAAGAAAGUAUAAAGUUACUUUUGAAAGGUGACCUGACUGGAAUUGGUCAACCUUUAGCAGAGCUUUUCUUGAAUGUAUCCAGAUCAUUUCCAAGUGAAGUGCUGGAGCCUACAUUCUGGGAAUUGCUAUGUCUCUUAUUGAGAUCAAUGAAUCAGAUUGAAGCAUUGACAUUAGCUUCUGGAAUUCUAAAGCUCAAAACUUGUCCACAGUCACUGAGGAUGCAGGCUGUGACAACACUAUUCCAACCAUUGAAUUACAUCAUUGCUGUGACUUCUGUGCAAGCCCCAGAAGAUGCAGUCUUGCUGGAUGAGUCUUCGUUCUGUCGAGUCGAUAUUGAAAAUCGUCUGUCCAGAAAAUCUGCAUGUAUCAACUUGCUCUGUCAAAUACUUUCUUAUCUCUGGGAACUAUUACAAAUGCCCCCUCAGACCACAGAAUUGCCAUUCCAAGCUUUGAUGAGAUCAGUGAUCACAAUACUACAGUUGUGUAUUGGUACUGCUAUUCCUGUCACUUCAACUGUUGUCAAUAUUAGCAGACAUCUGAUUGGAUGCAUCAAAGUUCAGAGAGGAGGAAUGGAUGUACUGGGUGCAUUACCUCAGUGGGCAGCAGGGAUUGAGGAAGUAAACAGUGCAUUGGCCCUUCUCCAUGAUUACAUCAACAACCCAGAUACUGACUGUACUGUUUUGAAGAAGUCCCUCCAGGCUUUAUUUUGCUGGAUGUCACAUUGCAUUGAAGGUGUGAACUCUCAUGUACUUGAGCCCAAAUUGCAAGAGUUUUUACAUGGAGACUUCAUAUCAGUAAUGAAGAAGCGACUAUUUGAUGUUCAUUGGGAAAUUCGAGACUCCAUGCUUGAGUUCCUUGGCCAAAUGUGCUUCCAGUUUAAAGGAGUUGAGCGUUUCUGUCAGUUAAUUGGUUCCUGUGGAAUUCCUCAUCUUGUAUUGGAGCUGGUUUCAGAUCCUGAAAGUUAUGUUCGAGCAAGUGCCAUUACUGCUCUGGGAAGAAUGAACUAUCUCUCUCCUAAUUGGCAAAUGUUACCAAAUGAGAACAGUGUCACAGCGGUAAAGGGCAAUAUUCUUUCCUAUUUGUUAGGUGUUUUGAACAAGGAUACUGAGGGCUUUCCCAGGAGGGCUGCGAUUAAAGUGCUUGCUGACUGGCUGGAAAACAGCCACAUGCUCAGUUCCUGUGAAUUGGAGAAUUUUGUUCCUGUAAUUUUGAAAAUAGGAAGCAAUGAUUUGGAUUGGGAAGUCAAAGUUCAUACCCUGGGCUUGGCAGAAGCUUUCAUCGAUCAUUUAGCUUCCAACUUAUCCAUAAGUCCAUAUGCAGUUUUGAUGUCAAAUAGCACUGGUUCUACACAAGUGAAGGUCUUUCUGCAGACCCUCUGUGAGGUUGGAAUUUUUACUACUUUAUUUCAUGCUUUGUGGGAUUGUGACAGACCAGUAGCUCAGAAAGCAUGUGAGAUCCUAAUUAAACUAAAAACAAUUGCUUCAGGUGCUGACAAAGUAGAUGUUCUCAAGUCAAAUGGACAAAAACCAAACAGAGAAAGUUUUAGCGAUUGGCUUUCCUACAGUAACUUAAAUUUGCAAAAUGUUAAUGAUAUCAUGGAGAUUUUGAUAGUUCUGGACUUGGAAAUUCAACACCAACACCUUGUUCGUAGCAGUGAUCACAUUGAGAGCAGUUUUCGAUCUCUAUUAGAGGACUUACUGGCAGCAGCUGAUUCUGAAGAUGGUGGUGCAGACUGUUACUAACAUGGCGGUUGUCAUCUAAUCUUCAAAUCAAAAUGAAUGUUACCCACAAAAUCCUGGUACUAAUUUUUAUUAUAAUGUAAGUCAAAUUUGGGAAAUGUGCUGGUUAUUUGAUUAAAGAGCAGAAAGUUUUCAUGUGUAUAAAUAAA